CCCCGAUGGAGCAUUCAUUCCAUCCCCAAAUGCACACCCUUGAACCCCAAUCCCAUGACACCCAUUCUCGUCCUCCUCAACCUCUGCUUCUUUCCCUCCUCCUCCCUCUUUCUCUCAUUAUUCUUCAUAAUCCUGUACGCCAUUGCUAUCAGCCUUCGCAAUCGUCGCGUUCGCCGGUCACCCUUCAAAAUAGCGUACCUCUUCGACUCUUCCUCAAUCCUCCGCAUAUAUGCAGCAUUAUACUUCUGAUUCGGUCUGGG